UACAAAUUUUAUUUUUAAUUCGUUCAAAAAUAUUGAAUGUAAAUAAGCAUUAAUGAAUUAAUUGCAUGAAUAAAAUAAGUCUUUAGAUGUAUUGUCAGUAGUAUGAGUAUAAGUGCAAUCAGACGUUAUUCCAAAAGUCGUUCUUGGGUUUUUCAAUAUCUUUUUUGAUAUUCUGCUAGUGACAAUAAUUAAUGUAAGGUGAUUAGAUUGUUGUUUCUUAAAUUAAAAUAUAAAUUUUAUUAAAAUAUUAUAAUAGACAUAGAUUGGAGACAAAACAAUCCUAUAGUAUUCAAAAACAGGAUAAAGAAUGAUAAAUGUUUAAACACAUUACCACUGUAAUCAGUACACUAAACACGAGAAAUAAUUUGACUACUUAAACAUACAAUUAAAUGUUUAAUUAUAAUCAUAUGAUAUCUAUGAAUUUGCAGUACAAAUUUCUUAAACGAAUCUUUAAAAAACCAUGUUUUUUAAACCAAAAUGCAUGUGUGUUAAACUUAAGAAUAGCGUAAUAUCUAAACCGCGUGGUUCCGGUAAAACGUAAUGAACAAUAUGUCAAAAAAUGUUUACUCAGAAAAAUGCAGUUAUGGAGAUAAAUCCAUUAAGUAUAAUUCUUGUGAAAAGUGAUAGUAAAGGUGAUAGACUUUUAUUUCGAUAUCCACACGUAGCGAAACAUACACGAGAUUCUAAUCAAUGUACUAGAAGAAAAAAUCCUUAUUCUUUGACUAUCACGGAGGAUUUAUUACAGUCUUUACCUUUUCCAAUCUCUAACAUAAGCAAUGGAAAUUUGACUGGAGUAACUGAUGAAGUAUUAUCUACAUUAUUUGCUGUUAAACCAGAAUUAUGUGAACAAAAGUUCGAAUUAAAAGUAAAUGAUGUCCGUUUUGUUGGACACCCAACUUUAGUUCCAUCUCAUGGAAUGAAAGAGGUUAAUUCUUCGAUGCUUUUUAAUAUAGUUUUUGCCCUUCAAGCUCAAGCUAGCCAUUCUAUAGUAAAAUGUUAUUAUGAUUUAAGUAGAAGGUUAGGCAUAGCUUUGAGACAUGAAGAAAAGAGAUGUGGAUUUUUAACAGAAGAAAUAAAGAUUAUGGUUUCUACUCAUGAUGAAGUUGCUACUAGAUCAGAAGGUGAAAGUGAUUGCGAUGAGUCGCCAUAUGAAUUAAUAUUGCAAAGAAGUUCACUUUCACGUGAUUUGAAGUCUGUGUUUAGUAGUCUUACUACUUCUGGUAUAAUCAAUAUUAUGAUUAAUAAAUGGAUUCAAGUACGUUUCUGUCUCCCACAAAAAGUUCAUCAAUCUCAUAAAAAAGGAUUUGUUAUCAAUCCAGAAAUAAUAGACAGGUGUUUAAACAGUUUAAGGCCUUAUCACGGUAUUUUAUUACUCAUUGAACCUUUGGAUUUAUUAGAUUCACUUCCAAUAGAUUCUUCCCCUGCACUUAAACGCCUAAUCCAAAUGUAUAGUCCUUUAAAGAGUCUACAAACUCUAGCUGCUGAUUCUGACUUAACACUAACUCAAGUUUUUCAAUUGACUGGGCAUUUAAUAUAUUGGGCUAAAGCUACUAUAAUUUAUCCUCUUUGUGAAAACAAUGUUUAUGUUGUAUCACCAGAUGCUAUUAUUACAAAUCAAUUGUUAGAGGUAUUUUCUGAAGAAUUUCCUGGACUUUGUCUUUUACAAGUUCUCAGUGAUUUUUCACUACCAAUUUCCAUAAGUCAACAGUUAAAUCCUUUGAGCCAGUCACAACAACAAACACAAUUAGUAAAAAUAAUAAUAUGGUUAUUAAAGAAUCAUUUACUUUUACAACUACAUACAUAUGUACAAUAUAUGCCAACUGUACACGGACGAGUAUCAUUGGAUGCAAAAGAUGAAUUGAAUCAUAAUAUAAAUGAAAUCACAGACAGUAGUAGUGCAUGUAACUUAAGUGAUGUUCCAAAAGGUACUUCAGCUGAUAUAAAUGAAGAACUAUCAAUAACACUUCAUAAAGAAAAUGGAAUAUACAAUUAUCAAUCAGAGGAGUAUGAUAUUCCUUCUGAUGACAGAAAAUUACUUGACAGAUUAUGCCGUCUUGGUUACUUUAAUGGAGGUCAUCAUUUAGAAGAAAUUAUGUAUUUAGAAAAUAUUCGUAGAUCGCAAUUAUUACAAAUCUUAGAUAAAUUUCGAGACGUGUUAAUUACAUGCAAAUGUGAAGAUCCUGCUAUAGCUCUUUUUUAUAGCCAGUUUGGCUCUUAACAUUUUCAUUUUAAAUAGAUAUAAAAAGAUAUUAAAUUGUAUA